AGAAACCAGCCAGGGACUGUCUCCGCGAACGAAACUAUUGUGUUAAAUUAUUUUUGAUAGACAAAUGGAGGUAAAACAAGAAAUUAUUGAUGAGACAUGUCAAGCAGAAAAAUAUAAUGCUUUUGAUAAUGAUUCUUUAUGUAUUUGUAAAAUUGAAAUUAAGGAGGAACCCAUGAAAGAAAGUACACAUGCUACAUUUGAUUAUGUUGCCUUAAAGACUGAAAUAGAACAAGAGGAACAUAAACUUACUUCAUUUAAAGAAAGACAAACAAAUCCAAGUGGUUGUCCUGAGGAGAACAAAUCGACAAUUAUAAAAACAUUAACAGAACAUUCAUCUUUUAAGGAAAAAUUAAAGAUUCAACACCAUGAAGAUAGUACAUUAAAAGAUAGUUUGAAAAAACAUUUAGUGAUACACCCUGGAGGAAAACCUUACAACUGUGAAAUUUGCUUUAAACAGUUCACACGAGCAGGUCAUUUGAAAUGUCAUAUCAGAAUGCACACUGGAGAAAAGCCUUACAAGUGCAAAAUUUGUUUUAAGCAGUUUUCUCAAACAAGUAAUUUGAAAACACAUUUGAAAGUGCACUCUGGAGAAAAACCUUACGAGUGUGAAAUUUGUAUUAAACAGUUUAAUGAUGCUGGAAGUUUAAGAAGACAUUUAAGAUUACAUACUGGGGAAAAACCUUACAAGUGUGAAAUUUGUGUUAAGCAGUUUAAUGAUGCAAGAAGUUUAAGACGACAUUUAAGAUUGCACACUGGGGAAAAACCUUACAAGUGCGAAAUUUGUUUUAAACAGUUCACACAAGCAAGUCAUUUGAAAUGCCACAUUAGAUUGCAUACUGGAGAAAUGCCUUAUGAAUGUAAAAUUUGUUUUAAGAAGUUUUCUCAAACAAGUCAUUUGAAAACACAUUUGAAAGUGCAUUCUGGAGAAAAACCUUACGAAUGUGAAAUUUGUACUAAGCAGUUUAAUGAUGCUGGGAGUUUAAGAAGACAUUUAAGAUUGCAUACUGGGGAAAAACCUUACAAGUGUGAAAUUUGUUUGAAACAAUUCACACUACCAGGUAGUUUGAAAUGCCAUAUCAGAUUGCACACUGGAGAAAGGCCUUACGGGUGUAAAAUAUGCUUUAAGCAGUUUUCACAAAAAAAUCAUUUGAAAAGGCAUUCAAAAGUGCACACUGGAGAAAAAAUUUAAGAAGUUUCUUAAGUUAAAAGUUGAUUAGAGAUGGUGAGAUUAAAAGAUGACUCACACUGGGAUUCAAAACUUACAAGUUUGAAACAGUUCACACAAGCAGGUAAUUUGAAAUGUCAUAUCAGAUCGCCCACUGGAGAAAUGCUUUAAGUUUAAAAAUUGUUUUUAGCAGUUUGCUCGGAAACAAUGUAACUGAACUUUGGAAGAAUGGCGGUUACUAAAAGAACUAAAAAUGAUUUAAGAGCCUUUUGAAGAUGCAACUCGUGUAAUAAGUGGGCAAAAAUAUCUAGUAGCUUCGAUGGUGAUAAUAAUCACAAUUGGGUUACAAAAUGUUUGUGGAGCUUCUCAAUAGGGAGAUGUCAUCAAUAGCCAAUAUGGUCAUUAAUAAAUUGCAAAGAGGUCUCAAAGAAAGCAUGGAUAAUAUUGAAAAUACUGAUACCCUAGCAAUGACAACAUUCCUGGACCCAUGUUUUAAGAUUUUAGGGUUUAAAAACCUUAAAGACUGUUGUUCCUAAAUUAUAACUAUCAAUUUUGUAGGUUGAAACAUAUUGACAUUUAAGGUACUAUUCCGACAACGACUGUAGAUGACAGACGGCAAUUGCAGUUGCCGCCACGGCAGACAUCACUACUUUGAAGUACUGCUGUUAGUGCCGUCGUGAAGUAGGACAAGAUGGAGGUGUUGACAAACGAAGAAAAUGACUAUUUGAUUGAUUUAGUGUCUAACUGUCCAUGUUUAUUCGACUGAAAAAAUGCGAAUUAUAAAAAUUCACGUAUGAAAGAAAUUGUUUGGAAGGAGAUCUUCGAAAAAGUGAAUAAAACCAGUGAAAGCUGUAGAAAGCAGUGGAAGACCAUCCGUCAUGGAUAUAUACGAUUUAAACGCAAAAAUAAACUACCUACUGGAUCGGCAGCACCUCCAAGUAAUCGCAGUAAAUGGCGAAUAUAUAGGCUCUUAUCGUUCCUAGAUAAUGUUCCGCAAGAGAGGUCGACUAUUAGCAGCAUAUAUGAUGACACGGAGUCAUCACAAAACAGUGUUGAAGAACUCGUAGACUCAGCACAGAAUAAUACACAGGAAGAGUCACCUACUCAACAAGCAAAUGCUACCUAAGUACUGAGAGUUAUGUACAAACUUUCUCUAUCACAGCUGACCAGCAACUCAACCAACCCAAUAAGAAACGUCGUCAUAAUACUAAAGAAGACUAAAUUUUUCUCAUUUUUUAUUUCUAAAAUUUUUGUUGUGCCGCUUGAGUUUUUUGCUUUGAGUACUUUCAUGUUGCAGUUAUCUUGUAUUAUAUUUUUUAUUAGAUUGCUAUUAUAGUUUCUAUGAUCGUUCCUGAUUUCUUUUUUCACGUUUUUGUUUAAACUUUUUAGGUCUUUUUGGCAUUCCGUUUGUUUUUGAAACAGGAUAUCGGUGGUUGGGUAUCGUUCUCGUUUAAUAAGUUGGUUUCGUUCUACUCUCGUCUGUAUUUUAAUGAUGCAUGCUGGGCUGAUCCAUGUCCAUUUACGUUGUUUAGAUUUUUUAAAGAAAGUGUUGAGACAAAAUAAAUUUUCAUUGUUUAAGUAGUUGUACAACAUCUCACCCCUUCCGUUCCUGUUAUCCAGCCCAAAAGCGACCGAUAUAUUGUGUGUCGCAGUCUUCUUUUGUACCAAUUUUUGCAUUAAAAUCACCUGUGAUUAUUACGAAGUGUGAUUUUUCUUAGUUCCUUGCUGUUGUCAGAUCCUCGUAAAGGAUCAUCAUGUAAGAGAACAAAAUCAGCAGCUAUAGCAUACAAUGUUUUGGAUGAAAAUUUCCAUCAACGCAUGAUUGAGGACCUCCAAUCAGGCUGUCCAUUAUUUUCUAUUAUUAUAGAUGUGAGUACAGUCAAAGUCUUGGCAAUCGCUAUUAAAUUUUAUUCAAAUGUCCAUAACUGUAAAAACUAAUUUUUUUUGUGCUGUAUAUAUUGAUGCGCUCAAUAGUGCAUUAAUAAAUCAUGGAUUGAAUAUGAAACAAAUGGUAGGUUUUGCGGCUGACACCACGAAUGUUAUGUUUGGUGAAACCAAUGGUAUUGUUUCAAAAAUUAAAGAAAUUAAUCCUCACUGUAUAUUUGUAAAAUGAGUCUGCCAUUCUGUUGCUCUUGCUGUAAGUCAUGCUUGUAAAGUUUUACUUAGAAAUUUGGAACAAUGUAUUAAAGAAAUAUAUAGUUAUUUUUCACAAAGUAGUAAACGGCAAAGGGAAUUGAAAGAAUUUCAGGAAUUCAGUAAUACUGAAAAACAUAGAAUUUUAAGGCAUUGUGAUAUACUCUGGCUAUCGCUGCACAUGUGUAUUAAUAGAGUUUUAGAGCAGUGGGUUCCUCUAAAACUAUUUUUUCAAGGUCAGCUUUUGGAAGACAAAAAACAACAUGCUUCUUGUGAGUUUAUAUACCUAUAGCUGCUUUAAUUACAAUCUUAUUAAGUUAUAUUUUUACUUUCUUGAUUUUAUUUUGCCCAUAGCAAAUAAAUUUAACAUAGUUUUUCAGGGAGGUUACCCAUGGGUUUUAUAAUGACAUCUCAAGCUUUUUUCUUUCUGUUUUAAGUUGCUUUAUGAAAAAUAACUAUAUAAAAACUACCCCAAUUUCCAAUAUCGACCUUAAUGCAUCCAUGCAUUAUUUACCCUUAAAUGAAAUGUAUUUAGGUGUAAAUGUUGCAAAAAAUAUAAACGAAAUGAAAGGUAACGUUCCUGAACCAAUUAUUAAUGAUUUUCUCAAAGAUGUCAGCUAUUCCUCAUAGAGUUAUAAAAAUCAAUUAAAAAAUAGACUGCCCUUACGAAAUGAGAUUUUUAAGCAACUUGGCUUUGAAGACCUACAGGUCGCAGUAUACCAUGAUUUUAAAAGUCUCAUAGACGUUUUGUUACAUACAAUUUCCCAAUGUCAUUAUCGAAAAUACUCGUAAUAAGUAAACAACAGAAUAUAAAACCGUCUAUAUAUGUAAAUAAUACCAAACUUGAGCAAGUUGAUAAAAUCGUCUACCUUGGACAGCAAUUAAAUUGUAAUGCAGAAAAUCACGGCGAAAUUAGAUCCAGAAUAGAGCAGGCUAGAGCUGCUUUUAGAAGGAUGUCCAAGGUGUUAUGUAACAGAGACCUAAAUUUGGCAAUAAGGAUCCGCCUACUUCGCUGCUACGUGUUCUCGGUCUUACUUUAUGCUGUCGAGUCCUGGACUGUGAAUAAAAUCGAUCUAAAUCGCCUUGAGGCUUUCGAAAUGUGGUGCUAUAGAAGAAUUUUAAAAGUUUCCUGGGUGGAGAAGAUUCGUAACUCCACAUUACUAGAACGUCUCAGCAAGACUACUGAGAUCAUAAAAAGCAUCAAGCAGAGAAAGCUGGAAUAUUUCGGACAUGUAAUGAGAGGUCCCAAAUAUAGAUUGCUACAAAAUAUCAUGCAAGGAAACAUAGCAGGCAAACGCAGUCCAGGACGAAGAAGAACCUCAUGGUUGAAGAACUUGCGAGAUUGGUAUGGUGUAGAUACAAGCAUGCUAUUUAGGGUGGCAGUGAAUAAAAUUAAAAUAGCUAUGAUGGUAACCAACGUUCUGAAAGAACAUGGUACAUGAAGAAUUAUCGAAAAUAAGAUUCAGGACGUAGAUAAUGAAUACAAGGAAAUGAAAGUGGAUUCUGAUGUUGCAAACUUGCUUGUUUCAACUAACAGUGCAGGUAGUGUUUCGGAUAAUAUUGAACAGUUCUGGCAUUCAGUGAGCCUAUUAAAAGAAAAUGAUGGAAAAUAAAAAUAUAAAAAAAAAUCUCUAACUUUGCGAAACAAAUGCUGUGUUUACCUGUUUCCAAUGUAAAAUGCGAAAGAUUUUUCCGCUUUCAACCGCAAUAAAACAGAUGAUCGCAAUAAACUUUUAAAUAAAAAUGUCUCUUCAUUAUUAUUUGCCAAAGAAGCUAUGAAUGAGGUUGGGAAUUGUACCAAAUUUGAUCCAGAUAUACAGAUGUUAUAAGGCAAAUCAAUGGAUGACAAAAUAUUAAAUAUGAUACUGAUAAAUAGUUAUUUAUGCAGUAAGUCAGUAAAGUGAUUAUUUAUCGAAGGAGUCUGACAUUACGAGCAGAGCAAGUGAGGCAAGUAAUAGAUAAGUUCGUUAAAGAGUCUUUACUGACGUAGUACAUACAAAAUUUUAUGGCCAACCAUAAACAACAUUAAUAAAUAUUCAUAUUUUGUUUAAUCUUUUAAAACCAAAUAGACAGCUUGGUUUCGUUUCGCUUCAGGGGUGUUUUUUGUAGUCCCACUGAGAGACUGAAACGGAUGUAUGGGGAUUGUGGAUCGUCUUUGAACUGAAAUGAAACAUAGGUGUCUUUCAUUUUACUCAUAUUUUGAGUACACGGAACAAACUUUCGUUGGAAUUUUUCCUAGAUGAAUAGACAGAAUGUGACUGCACAGUAUUAUACUGCUUUAAUUAACAAUAACGUAAAUUUUGUACAAUAUUUUUAAUAAUUAAGGUACCUAAAUAAAUUUUAAGACCCUCAAAUAAAUAAUCGAUUACUGCCGUCACAUCAUAUAUUAGUUUCUAAGUUAAGUAUUUUUAUAAGUUUCUAAGCUGUUAUAAAAAAACCUAAAUCGUAUACAAAUAUAAAGUUUUAGUAU